AUGCAUGACGACAUUCACCAGGGAGAAUCUACCCAUCUCCCCCACCUCCCAGGGACUGAUCCCAUCAUGGGCGGCAACUCUGGGUCGGAGCAACAUCUAGUUGGCCUUGAUGGGCCUUCGUUGCCAACUCCAUCUUCUCCAACAGGAGUCGAAUCCCCUCACGCAUUUGCUGGAAAUCCUCAAUCUGCAUGGCGGAAUUUAGGAGAUAUUUUUAUCCUGAACGGCAUGCCCGUAUUGUCCCAAGGUGGCCGAGACUGGAUCGAAUCGUCUACGGGCCAAGAAUUUUGCCUGGAUCGAGUUGGCGCCGACGUUCAAGGGUGGCAGUUAUCUCUGGUGACGGACCCUACUGAUCAAGGGCUGCCGUGUAAACCUGACCUGCCGGAUCUUCGCGUGUUGCUGGAAGAGAUACAUCUUUAUCGAUCGACCGAUUACGGAGUAUUCUUCCCUAUCAUCGAUCCGUCUUUGCUGCAGAGCACUAUUGAUGCUGCAUACCAUGGAAAGGUGUCUGCAGAAUCAUCUGGCCGGAAUAGCGCUAAAGCCUGUAUUUUCGCUUUUCAUGCGCUCGCCAUGACAGCGAUCCCAGACACCGAGAAACUUUCCUCGAGACCUAGCAUUGACUAUGCGCGAGAGGCAUACCGUCUUCUCCCCGAAGUUUUCAAUGAAAAGGUUACACUAGAUGGACUGCAGGCACUUUUACUGCUGGUAGGCUCAUGCAUGUCUUCAUAG